GAUCUAAAACAGACUGUACAUCUUACUUCUCCCAACACAGUUAGUCAAAACAAAAUAAUAUGUGUAUUACAGUGUAUGAAGCAGUAUGAUUGCUUUAUAAUAUUUAGUCUUAUCACCUUACGAUGAUUUAAAGUUCAAGCGUUAUCAGUUUUACGUGCUGCAACUAGCUAAUAAUUGCUAGUAGAUCGAUGAUUAACUAGUUCCAACCGAACUAGUUUCAAUCAUGCAUUCAUCACCUGUACUGGUUUGUAGCAUUCUGGCUUUCUUCGUCGGAUUUAGCCAUCAAUCAAAGGACUCUGAUGCACCGACCGAACUGGAAGCUACCGUUCCGGAAGGUAAACGACUGAAGUUGUAUGUCGAGAAUAUUAUUUACCCGGUAAUGCGCUGGCGCUUGAACGGUUCCCCGGUGUCGGAAAAGUGUGAAAUUACCAACACCGCAAGUUCGAGCAUUCUUAUCUGUCCCGAUAUGGACAGGGUCGACGAGGGGUUAUACGAAUUCCAAGGGAUCCGCGAGGACGGUCAGAACGAAACACUACUUGUGGUGGAUGUGAGGGUAGCACAAUGUGCGGAGGAACCUGCGGCAAAAUCGUUGGCUGAUAAUUUUCUGGAAGCUUCAUCUGAAAUUGAUGUUGAUGAAUGUUUCUGUUCUGGAAUUACCGAGCAAUGUUGGAAAGCUGAGAAUCUCUUCAGAAGUCGAAUCGCAAUCAAUGUAACUGAAGCUGACACGAUUGAUUUAAAAAUAAGUCAGGAAGGAGUUCAAGAAGCUAAAUAUGAAAACUCCGAUGAGGGCAUAUGGACAUACUACGCGUUGCCAGACGUGAUGACAGGAAAUUUAUUGAAAUCCUACGGUGGCUAUCUUGAGUUUUCUACCAAUGACGAUGACUCAUUCGAAGAUAUUCCGGAUGUGAUACUGAAAGGACGAUUUCAGGAUCUAGUUUAUCAUAGCUCUCAUGAACCUCUGAGUAAAGAACACAGUACUAGCAGAAUUCAUAUGACCGAGCACAAUUGGCGACAGCUGAAUGGUAGCUUUGUUUCUAAACAACUGUUCAUGGUCGUGUUGUCGAAAGUGAAAUCCUUUUAUAUAAAAUGCAGUCAAUUUCGACGACUGGAUCCUUUACUGGUCAUUCUCGACACUGCUGGAUUGGAAAAUCUAGGUUUAGGCCCGGUGAAGACAGUGGAAGAAUGCAAUUGUCGUACUGGCUAUAGUGGUCUGUCUUGUGAAAGCUGUUCUCGAGGCUAUUACAGACGUCAGGCUGUUGGCAUACAAGGGAUCUGUGUUUCAAUCAAGGAAAAGUGGGAAUCAAUGAAGGCUACACUUGGUUGGAGGCACGGAUUAGAUCAGCUACGAAAUAUGGUUUAAAUUUCGAGCAUACUGGUAAGUCAGAUUAUUUAACCUGCACAGAUAGACCGACUUAUCAAUGUUAAUAUAUUCAAUAAAAUUUAUAACUGAAUGCGCUA